CAACAAAAACGAGGAAGCCAUUUUUAAAAAAAAUAAAAGCGUCGCUUUUUAAAGCAAAAUGUUUUUGUCUAAAAUAUACUAAAUUUUUGUGUUUAAUAAUUCAUGCUUGAAAAUUUAAUAAUCUAAAGCAAUUUUAUGAUACAGUGUAUAAAUUUUGUGAUACAUUAAUAGUUUGUGAUAAAUAUAACGUCAAUUAAAUAGAUCCGAAUAUAACCUUUCAUAAGAGCGCGCAUAAACAAAAACAAAUUGGUGUUGCAAAAACUACAUUUAUUAAAAUUUACUUAAAUAUUUGAAGAGAUUUAGCAAUAUGAAAAAUAUAGAACGUGAUAAUAAAUCGGAUAUUAUAAAUAGUCUUCUACGUACUAAUUUUGAUAUAAAGGAUGAAUCUUUGGACAUUGAUUUGUCAGUAUGUGCAGCAAUACCAGAUAGUGGAACUGCUGGAAUUCCUUUAUGGUUAAGUGAUAUGGAAGAAACUGCUGAUUAUUUUAAAGCUACAACUAGUGAAUCUAUACCAGUGACUUUAGCAAAUUGUUGCGAAUCUAGUAAUGAGUUGGAACCAGUACAAAUAACAGAUACCAAAAAAGAUAGCUCCCAUGAAAUUAUGGAAAAAAUUUCUAUUAAAAAAGAAUCAGUGCAUACAAAUUUGUCCAAUACAAAGAUUAAGACAGAGCCUAACAUAGACAUUAAUAAAAAUAAUGAAAAUAUAUCUUUCCACAUGCAAAUGACCAAUAAUGAAAUAAGUACCAAAAGUAACAUAAAUAGUUCUCCUAAGUCACAAGGAGAGCGUCGAAACAUUUUAAUGGAUUGUCCAGACUGUGGAAAAUCAUUAAAAUUAGGAAGUAUGUGGAUGCACAGAAAAAUACAUAAUACAAAUAGUAAACGAUAUAACUGUGAUAUUUGUGGCCAAAAGUUUGUACAAAAAGUUAACUUAACUAACCAUUUAAAAUUACAUAAUGCCGAAAAAUCUUUUGAAUGUCCAGAAUGUCAGAAAACUUUUCCAGAACGAUCUCAUAUGAUUCGCCACCAAAAAUAUCACAGUGAUUUACGUCCAUACAAAUGUGAAAAGUGUGGCAAAAUGUACAAAACUGAAAGGUGUCUUAAAGUUCAUAGCCUAGUGCAUUUGGAUAAACGACCAUUCGUGUGCAGUGUAUGUAAUAAAAGUUUUCUUUCAAAUUCGAAGCUAAAACAACAUUCUAACAUCCAUACUGGUGAACGUCCAUACAAAUGCAAGUAUUGUUCGAGAGAUUUUACAAAUUUUCCUAAUUGGUUAAAACACACGAGACGCCGUCAUAAUGUAGAUCACAAGACCGGCGAAGUAUUACAAAAAAUUCCAUCAUAUUGCUCAAAGCAAAAAAAAAGUAAACAACCUAUAGAACAAACUCAAAAGAUUGAUCAGCCUACUAAAGAAUUGUUAAACGCAAUUCAAAUUAAAAGAGAACCCUCUGAAAAUAACGUUCCUAUAUUAUUCUCAGAAAAAAAGAAAAUUUCGAAAAUUUUUAAGGAGGAAGUUAAAGAUGAUAUUAAAGUUAAUAUUAACGAUUUACAUAGUUUGUCAUUGACAAGUGCUGAGGAUUUAAUAAUGGAGCAAGCUCUGGAAUUGGAGGAAGCUGGUUAUUUUAAUAACAACAGACAAUUAAGUCAAAUCUCCUUGCAAAAGAGGGCAAAUUUUCUGGAUCCAGAUAAUCGCCUUUUUGAAGCGUUAUAUUCUUCUGAAAAUUCCCCGUUAUCCUCUCCUUCGUCGACUGGGGAUUGUAAACCACUGUUGAUACCGAUUUUACCGCAAUCUUCAACAUUACCACCAAUAACUGCCGUAUCAUCAAACAAUUAUUUUAUUACAACAAAUCUAGCACAAAAUGGAAACAACGCCAUAUCCCACCAAAUCCUUCCGUCCAUGGUGGAGGCUUUUUUAGGAUUUCAAAAAAUACAAUCAUCUGACAUGUAAUUAUCAUAAAUAACUUGUAAUUAUUGAUGAUGAACUUAAUUUUGUAUAAAAAAUAAGACAACGGUGAUCUUUUAUAUAAAGAUUAAGUUUAAUUUUAUGUAUAUUAUUGAAAAAUAAUCUUUAAAAUUUUGCAAGUCGAAGUCAUGGAAAAUUGAAGAGUAACGAUUUAUGAUAAUUUUAUGGUUUUUAUUGAAAUUUCAAAAAUUUCAGAAUUAUUGUUUUGUACUUUUAAAUACAUACUUAUUAAUUUUUCCUUAAAAUUGCUUUUAAAUUAAAAGAGGUAAUAAAUAAAAAUAAAAUUUGAAUAUAUGCAUUCGUUAAGAAGGUGUUUAGGUCACAAUCGAAUAUAAAACUUGGCGAAUAAGUGUUUCAUUUUGAUUAUAAAAUUCAAUAACCUUGCAGUAAUAUAAAUUCCUAGACAUGACUUAGACUAGUUUGAUCUCGUUAAAGAUUAUUAAAAUAUUUGUUAACAAAACUAUGUUAUUAAGAUAUGUUUUGAAGUUUAAGUACAUUCAUUGACUCGCAAAAUAAUUUUAGUAUUAAGGAUAAAGUUGUGUAGGUAAGACAAAAUAUAAUAUGAAUAUGGGUACAUAAGUUCUUUUGUGCUUUUAAAAUAUUUUUAGAAAACAACCAUAGAAAAACCAUAACUUCAAUUGUUGCAUAAAAUGUGAAUACUUUAUCAUAAUUCUUUCAAAACAUAUUUAUUUCCUUAAAAAAAAAAAAAGAGUUGUUUUUUCCAACAUUUUUCAAUAACGAAAAACCUUGAAACCUGGAAAGUAAAUUCCAGAAUUUAAAAAAGUACAUAAAUAUUGUAUAUAAAAUUUGAUAAUUUUAUAAUUAUAUCAACAUGAGUUAAAGGUUGUAU